CCAGAACUUCCCCAUAUCACCAAUAACGUGAUCCCACUUUCCAACGUGUUGAAGUUCUACACCCAAGAAGCGUUUAAGCAGAUCACGACUCUUGUAGAGAAUUUAGCAUCCACCAAAGAUAGCGAGGAUGACUCGGUGCGUAAAAAGAAGUUUUUGGAGUUAAUCAUUGCAUUGAGGCAAGACUUCAUCAAGAUCUAUACAUUGGUGAAAUGGGCAGCUAACUCCAAAGACGUAUCGAGAUUCAUAGACUUGUUAAACUGGUUGAGAAUGCAAGAGUUCUACUUUGACCAGCUCACUUUUCAGCUCAAUGCCCUUAACGGCUACAGUGGAGCUAAGUUGCCUAACUCGGACUUAAUCACUAGUUUGGAGGUGUUGUUCAAAGGAAGACCUCAGCUACCUUCUUACAACUAUAUUAAGAUUCCCAAGAUCAGUCCAGAGAAGACGUUGGAAGUGAUGCAGGACUUGAAUCUCAUCUUGAUGACAAGGAUCGCUUUGAUCGACAUACCGAAACGGUUCAUCAACAACUACGUCAUCAAAGACGGCCGAAUAUACUUCUCCGUGCCGAACGAGUUUCAGGUCUCUAUAACCGUAGCAAACGAUAUGAUAAUAGAGUCACAUGACGAAUACACUAAGUCUCCUUUCUACUUCAUCGACUUCAAGUUUCUCUUUGGAAUCAACCCAGACACAUCUUUAAUUACCCAUAGAGACAAUAAGAUCGUCACCAAAUUGCCCCGGUCCAGUCACGAAAACUUGGAAAAAAUCGUCAACGCUACUCUCUUGAACCAGGGCCUACAUGGUUUGUACGACCUUCUUCACAAGUUCUCGAUCUCUUUCAAGUUGUACUUGAUAGCUAAACAGUUGAAGGAGCUACAGAUCAACACCAGAUGGAGAAAUAACCUCCAGGUAAACUAUCAGAAUGGCAAGCUGCUCAUUAUUCUAAACUAUUGGUCCGGCCAGUACUUGUCCAAGGGCUGGAAGUCCUUUAUUGAGCUAGGAAUUGACCGUAACUACAACCUCAACUUCAGGUGGUUCAAGAAUGGAAAAUAUAACGUCAAUACCGAGUUGUCUGCUCUCUUCAAUAAACAUCUCAAGAACACUAAUGAAGGAGAAGAAGAGAAGGACGACUCAACAGAUGACAUCGAAGAGCCAGAAGACUUGAAUGUAGACCUUAUCUUGAAUAUCGUGGUCAACAAGCAUUCAGAGCUACUUAUGAGUAAAGUGUUCAACUCUCUAGAUGCGAAGUUAAACACAACUGACAACCCCGAUCAAAUCUCCUACAUUACACCACACCAGCUUUUGAUAAAGUCAUCACCAACAAAAUCGACGAUUUUCUGUAUCAAUCCGUUGACAGGUUUGUUCUACUUUAUUGAUCCCUGUCCGGUUCAAAAUCUCAUUGCGAAGAAGAUCAACUCACCUCCCACAGUAGUAAAAAAUAAGAACUUCGUAGCUGAGAGUGAUAUGGUGAAUACUAUAGUCGAUGGCUUGACUCAGUUGAGGUUGGAAAUCUUCAAUAAAGAGAUUCACAACAGAUUAUUGACCACUGAAUGGAUCAAUAACGAUAUCAUUGGCCUCAACGACUACGAAAUUAGUAGACUUUCUAACUUUUUUGCCAACAGCCUUGACUACAAUCUCAACGUCAAUAAAAUCCAAUUCUAUAGACGCAAGAACUGGCCCUCUAGUUGGUUUUUGAUCAACCUUGUCAGUGGGGUCACCUCUGUGACUUUCUGGUGGGUAGCCAGAAUCAAGUCUGUCAGUGGCGAGUGGAAAAUUCAGUGGAUACAAAAGUUGCAUUUGAAUGAGAAGACGCCUUCUGUGGAAAUUACAGACGACCCUACGAAUUUGAACUUUGAAUUCUUCAACAAUUUAUCGACAGCAUGUUCGAACAUGAUAAUAGACCACAUGCUUCUUGAAGAAUUGUUUAAGAGGAAUAUCAAGUUCCUCAAGGUUGACAACACGGCACUUAUCUUGCAAAAGUUCAAUAUUGAUAAGAUUCCAGACGAUGAAGAUACACAAGAUACUGAUGAUAAGAAUAAACCUUUGAUCUAUGAGUCGAUUAUCAUGAUUUACAACGACAACAACUUGCUCCCCGUUUACAACUCCGCCACUAGCUUGUUCUUGAAGAUCAAGUUGAUCAAUUUGAAUAACUUGACUCAAAUGAAGUUGAAGCUCUUUGGUAAGUUAAGAAACUUGUCUAUUAGAAAUUCUCCAGAAAACUUUUUGCAAUUAAAUUUGAAGAUAGAUGAGAUCAAGAAUUUCUUUGAGAUCGACGAUUUAAUUAAUUUGUCUAGUAGAACAAACGGUUCUGAUUCUGCUUCAUCAGCAACGACAAAUCAUUUAUUGGACAAGAUCUUCAACAACUUGAACAAGUUAAACAAAUUGAUAAAGAUUUUGGACCAGUUGAAUAAGAACAAAAUUCAAAUCAUAAAUAAUUCUGUCAACGAUAUUAUCAUUAAAAUUGAUGACAAUUUGGACAACUUGAUUAUCAAGCUUCCUGAAAAGGCUACUGAUUCGAUCAAGUUAAUUAGCGAGGAAGAAGUGAAAGACGGCGGCAACCCUGAAGUCAAAUUGAUAUUGGACUACUUGAACAAAUAUUUGAGUAAUUACUACUCUGACGAUUUUUUUGCAAACGAUGAGGAUAAAUUUUAUGAUGGAAACAAGAAAACCUCGAUCGUUGGUAUCAUCAAGUAUUUGAAGGAGAUCAAUCCAAUUUUGAAGUCAGUACAAACUAUCAAAGCGAAAUUGAGAAAACCGGAGAGUGCAUUCAAGUUGAGCAACGGAUUAUCGAAAUUAAAUUUUGACAUCAAGUUCACCACGUUGAAUUUGAUUCAAUACGUUUUCCACAUGAAUUACCAAACUCCCAGCUCAUCAAAAAAGAUAUUCAAGGACAAAAUAGUGAUCAGCUUAAGUUUCAAGAACAACAAAUUCGACAAAGUAAGCAAGAAUUUGAUCAAAAUUUCUUUGAAGGAUAACCUUAACUCGAAGAACUUGAAGUACAAGAAGCUUUUUGAAUUGAUUUUCAAAUCUAUCAACGAUGGCUCCAUGGAUGCUCAUGCUCAUCAAUUGAUCAAGUUGAACUAUGAUUUCUUGGUUAACUCCAGCUUAGUGGGUGAGUUGAUGGUAAGAAUAGCCAACUGUUUCGUUUUGUAUUUGCAAGCGGAAUCUAACGGCAGAUAUAACCAGUAG